AAUCAUAUGGCGCUCUUGUCAAGUGUCAAGGAUGUUGUGAAUUAUCGUAGCUUUCUCGGAUUAUUCUUAUGACAUGUACUAGUGGUCCUGUGAUAUUUGUCAUAAAACAAGAUAUUUUGUUCACUUGUUAUUAAAACUCUCUAUUCCUGUUAUCGUUCCACAUAAAACAGUUCUUGGUAUCAUUAAUAUUCUUAUUUGUAUAGGACAGUUUCAAGCAGUUCCUCUCUAUGUAAAUGAACUUUGUUUGCCGGAAUCAAAGCUCAUUGGUAAUGAUAGUGAAGAUUUAGCAGCUUCAUUUCACGUAAGGUAAGCUUCUUCCUAUAUUUAUUUCCUAAGCGUUAUCUUUAUAUUUUAAUUGGGAUACUUAGGGCCUAAAAUUCUGUAGAUUUAUUUAGUUCUCACUAUUAUUAAAGUAUAUGGAGUAAAUUCUUAUUCCCCGUUUGAAAUAAUAACCUCUGUAUUCAUCACUUUCAACCCAUCUUACUUAUUCCAUUAACUUCCAACAUUUAUUUUCGAAAAGUAUUUUGCCAAAAAAUAUGAAGUAAGAGUGUAUAAACUAACAGUACUGCUUAAAAGUGAUUACAUUUUCACACAGUGAUGUGGGAAUUCAUUGGUAGAUAUCAGGUUAAGUACGGUUGAAUCUCAAUGAAUUUUUACGAAGUCUCAGCACCUAAAAUUUUAUUUUGUUAGAUAUGUAAUACAUAAUAUUAUCGAGUUUUUUUCACUAGAUCUUCAUAUGCCAUCUCUCAUACAUGUAUAAAUCUGGUGUUCACCUUGUUGUGCUGUGUGACAAUUUGGACCCAUGCAUAUAUGUACCUGGUCCUACGUUGUAGCUGACUGACUCUCAUAUACUUGCUUAUGUCAAUGAUCAGUAUGCUGUGAAACAGAAUCAAGGAACAGAUCACAGGUGUCAUUUCUUGUAAUCUAUACCAUUUUUGAAUCGUUAAUUACUUUUUCGUUACCGAUGCAACCAAUUCUUUCCCUAAUUUUUACUGUAUUAAAAUGAUGCACAACUGGUGGUUCCGUUUGUUCGAUUCGAUUCAGAAAGUAAAGCACCAGACAAAAUGGAGAAGAAUGUAAUUGUGCUGCUUAUAUUGCUUUAAGUUAUUUAGUUUCAUCCACAUUUUUAAAAUACCAGAAUACUAUAUCUAGUGUGGGAUGCUGAUAUGUAAUGACAGUGAAACAGAUAUUAACACCGAAAGUUUCGCAUUUUAAAGUUUUUAUGUUAUUAAUAAAACAAACAAAAUAAGCAGAAUCUAUAGGUUAUGAAGUGCCAUAAUACUUACCACCCGAAUCAGAGAAUUACGAUGUACCUACGGAUGCCAGUUCAAAUCACCUCUCAGUUUCUGUAGGUUCAUAAAAUUAAUGCGUUAGAUAAAUGUAUCAAACAUCGUCACUUUAUCAGCCUAAUGAUAAUAGUUCAUCUAACUGAAGACUUAUUUAAUUUAAAGUAUUUUUCAGCAUACUUCAUUUUGCACAACUUAGCAAUCUCAUUAGAUCUCACAAAAUGAAUAUGCCACACACUCGUGAUCUAAUAUGAUUGUGGAGCUUUGUCUUAUGUUAUUUUUCAAGAUUCCCAAACUACUGAACAAUGAGUAUCUCUCAUUCGUCAUCACCCAAUUUUGGGGAAAAGCCUCACUUCAAAAUUACCGAUCGACAGCAAUCAGCACCUGGUGUGGAAUACCUACAGGGAAAUAAUAAUUGUUUUGAAGAGGAAGAAGAAUGGCAGUCGAAGUUGGAUGUUUGGCGUGAAAAACGUCGUCAAGCCUUACUCACUGAGGCAACAAAAUUUGCCUUACUUCAAGAGCGUGAGAGUAGGGAGAACGAAAGACGUAAGGAAGAAGUAAAAGAUCGCCUUCGUAAAGCCAAAAGCCAACGUAAUCUAAUUUCCAGUGGACAUGUUUCUUCCUUAGAUUUAGCUCCACCACCAAAAAUAAAUAGUCCUGGCGUCGCAUUACUAACGGGUAGCGAUUUUGAUCCGCUCACUUUCCGUCAUUUUGAAAAAAAUCAAAUGGAUACAGUCUCACCAUCACAAUCGGUUUCUUCAAAUAAAUUUCAGUACACAGAUAGUUCAGAUCUUUAUAAGUCAAAUGACUCCGAGACUAAUUUGAAGGCCUACUCCGAUUGUUCUUCACCUGUGUCUGAACUGAAAACUGAAGUUCAGAGUAAUAUUACGGACAAAAUAAUGGAUAUUUCUUCUCCAAACAAAAAUUCUGUCGAAAAAUGUGCCAAAUAUAAUCGAAUUGAAGUAAUUCGUGAUCUCAUGUCUAAACCAAAUAAUUGCAACGUUGAAGUCACCCCGGAAACCAAACUGCCUUUUGAUGCGAGUCUUGAAAAUAAUGACUAUUCAGAAUGCAAAUUACGUUUGUCAUCAAGACCUGGAGUAUCAGAGGUUCAUUGGGGACUAACAAUAAAAGCACGAGGUCCUUCAAAUACUUCCCCUUUUGUUGUUGAACGCGUUAAAAUUGGUAGUUCCGCAGAUAUCUGUGAAUUUCAAAAAGGUGACAUAUUGGCUUCUAUUGAUGGCAUAAACCUGGGUACUAGUCGGAAGAACACUGACAAAAACACCAGUCAAGUUACAAACUUAGAGGAUCUAGAAAACUUGAUGGCUCGUUUAGUUUUGGCCAACAAACCGAUUACUGUUCAGGUCUUCAGAAAAAUGGAUGAAUUUGAUGAACUGAACGAUGGCGAAUCGGAUACAGGUGGAGAUUUUUCCGUCGAAUCAGCAGCCGUGAAAUCCAAACACACACCAAGUAACAUUAGUGAUUCCGAUAGUGAAUGCCAUGAGUUACUUGUUUCUCCUGUUGUCAAAGUUUCUCACAAAACAUCUCCUGUUGAUAGCCCAGUUUUACAAAGAUCUAUCACAAUUACACAUUCACGUCAUAGGUCACCUUCCCGAAGCUCAAUUCAAAUUUCUGAUGACGAAGUUAACAAUUCAUCUGUGUCAUCUAACUCCGAAGUAAAAGAAUACAAUUGUCUAAAAGGGAACUUUAAUAUUUCGUCCAAAUCAAGUGGUUUAAUUUCCAAGAAUGAGAUUUCUCCAUUAUUUAAAUCAAAUCAAGAUAAGUCUAAAGAUGAAAUUUCAAAUCCUGCGGAAUUUGAUAUAUCAUCAAAUACACCAACUCCAUCGGAUUCAGCAAAUUGCAACAGUACUUUAUAUCAUAAACAAAAUGUAGAAGUAACUUUAACGGAACCUGUUUCUUUCUCAUUGGUAACUGCAUCCACACUAUCUCCAAGCAUUCAAAUGACCCAUCAAAUACAGCCAACUGUUUCUGUUUUGGAGGAUAUUAAGCCUACUGGUUUUAUACAUAAGAAAAUAACUCGUCCAGAACACUUUGCUGUGAACAGAUCACUUGGACAAGAGGUAACAUAUGUUUCAAAAAUUGUUGGAGAUUCCCCCACAUCAACACCUACAUAUCUAGGUGAAACGACUUCGCAUCUUUCGUCGUUACCCAAAACAAGACAUGUAUCAAAGCAGAGAACAUUCCAUAUUCAUCCCAAACUGCCUGAAACAUGGGAUGAUAUUCCCUCUCAUAUAUCUGGUAUUCGAGGUUCAUUCCCCGCAAACUAUAAACAGAAUUCAGUGUUCAAUGUUCCUCCACAAUCUUACCCUCUAUAUACUACAGAUUUGUGUAAAUCAAAACAACUAGAUUCCUUCCGACCCCAUGUCCCUCCACGGCCUAUUCCUAAAGUAACUCGUGCUGCACCCCAGUUUAGUGGAUUCACUACGACUGUUGAAUCUGAAUCACGUCCAUCCAUCUUCAGUUCAAGUAACCAAACGAUUCCAGUUAAGUCCGAUUCACUUCCCGAUACAACAAAAAGCAAGUCCCUACGUGUCUCAGAAUCCGAUGUUUAUGUCAACACUUCGAACAUUCGUUCUUCACCACAACCUGAUGCAUUGACUAAAAUUAAACAGCUACCUCAAGGUUCACUGAAUGGUGAUGAUAAACAAAGCAUCACCGAAGAUUUUGUUAAUGACCACGGUUUUGAAAGAUCAUCUGUUAAAUAUGCUUUGAGGUCUUCUGAUGAAACUGAGAAAUUUCCACUGCCAGUACAUCAAGUUUGCGAAAAUUCGGAGGUUGAAGUACCACCAAUUCCCCCUCGGACGCCACGCGUGCGAAUAAUCGAUAUUAAUCAAUUAUGCGCAGCGUGUAAUUCCAAACUAGAUUCUGAGGACUCAAUGGUUAUUGAAUCCUUAAAUCUAUACUAUCAUUUACCAUGUUUUGUAUGUGCAAGAUGUGGAAUCGCGUUAGGCGAUGGUCUAUCAGACGUGGAAGUUCGUGUUCGGCGUAACUUGCUUUACUGUUCACAUUGUCAUUCCAAGAAUCUCACUGUAUCGAAUUAUAACAAGAAUGAAUGUCAUCCAACGAUGCAAAGUGUGCAACCUAGCUCUCAACCACUAAAACCCACUGAUAAACGACACCGAAACGGUUCAGAACAGCAGUUAUCAUCUAAUUUAAAUAAAAACACAAUUUCUCAAUAUUGUGCACUAUGACUGACGAUUCGAGCUUAAUAACUGUGAUUUCGACGAGUUCAAACCGGAAAUUUAGAUCACCAACAGGCUUCGUAAGAUGAUUCCUACUUAAUCAUAAAUUUGAGCUAUAAUAUGCACUUUUAUCUUUCAUAAAAACUGAAGCUACAAUUUUGUACGCAUAAUUUUAUUUUGCUUGGCGAUAUCCUCUUAUUUUGCUACUAUUACUUUCACAAUUGAUUCGUUAGUUGUCCUCUAAAAUAUCAUUUAUAUAUUAUCAUCUAAUUUUCUCUAUAUGCGACUCUAUCGUCACACUUAUGUACAAUCCUUUUAAAAAUAUCGUACUUUAAACUAUAUAAUCGGAAUAUGUCCAAGAUAUCUUAAAAUACUACUAGUGUGUGUUUGUAGUAACAUUGAAAUAUCAAAGUGAAGAUAUACGAC